GCGGCGGCGGCUCGGCACCCUUUCAGGCUCCGACUGCCGUAACUCGAUCCCAGCCGGAGCAUCCUGCGCCCGGGAAGGGCUGUCCCGACCCCGAUGGAGGAAGCGCCGCAGCCCCCGUAACCUCGCUCCCAGGCUGAAGAACAAUGGCUUCCUUCAGCAACCUGACUAUCGGCAUUGUUGUUGCCAGUUUUACUGUAUUUCAGCUCCUGUUCCAUGUUUUAAGUUCCUGGGUGUCAACACGAAUAACACCUGGUUUUAAAAAUCUCAGCCAGAAAAGGAAGAUUGAAUGGAAUUCAAGGACAGUGUCCACAUUCCACGCCUUGGUGGUUGGAGGGUUUUGCCUAUAUAUUUUGUUGUACGAUGAUGCUGUUAAUGCUGACCGUCUCUGGGGUGACCCUUCAAUUGUGAAGCUGAAUAUUGCUAUUACCACAGGCUACCUCAUUUCUGAUCUGUUGCUUAUUAUUUACUACUGGAAGGCAAUUGGUGACAAAUUUUUUGUAAUACAUCACUUGGCAGCUCUGUAUGCUUACUAUUUUGUACUGAGCAAAGGUCUGCUGGCUUUUGGAAACUUCCGUCUACUUGCAGAGUUCUCCACUCCUUUUGUCAAUCAACGGUGGUUUUUUGAAGUACUGGGAUAUCCCAAAUCUUCAAAGGCCAACAUCAUGAAUGGUGUGCUGAUGACAGUUGUGUUCUUCGUGGUGAGGAUUGCCGUCAUGCCUAUAUAUUACAGCCACGUAAUUGCUUCGUUUGGAACAGAAGCUUUCCACAGAUUAGGAUUUGCAGCCCAGAGCGCCUGGAUUAUCUCAAGUGUUGUCUUGGAUAUUAUGAACGUGAUGUGGAUGGUCAAAAUUGCAAAAGGAUGCUACAAAGUCAUUUGUCUUAUUGGACGGGAGGAAGCCAAAACUCACAGAAAUGGAAAAUCUGCCUAGAAAUCAUACAUAAAAUGAAAUUUCUGCUAUGAAAAUAAUUUGGGUUCACUGAAACAGUGCACAUUUCUGCCAUGGAAUGCUCCUAUUGAGGAAACAAGGUAUUACCUCUGUACUGACCUUACUCCUUCCCUAGCCACACUGCCUGCACACCCAGGGCCACGCUUUAUGGAUCCUGUCCCGUGAGGAAUAAAAGCAAAAGCUCACACAGAUGAGUUCCACGUGUCUGUUCUAAGCAGUUAUAAGCUACAGAAAUUAGAAAGGAGUAGACUGGUUACUUGCUUGUCGUCCACCAGUGCUUCGAAUGUUUCACCUCAGGUUUCUCAGAGUAAUGUGUUUUAUAAAUCCAGUGAAUACUGACAUAUCUCUUUUUUUAGAAAAUGAAAAAUUCCCCAAACUCCUGAUAUGGUGCAGUUUUCCAGUCACGUUUCUAUGUUUUCUUCUAGGAAUAACAAUCAAGAUUCUUGACAACUUUUUAAUUUUUGCAAGAAAAGCUAAAAGUUUGGCUUUGAUUCUGUGAAGUCUUUUACUGCUUUUUGUUCUGCCUUAUACGAAUGCAAACCAUUUUUGGAAAUUUAUGAAAUAAUUUAUCUAAAAUGCUGUAUUAUAAGACUACAUAAUAUCUUAAAAAUUGUUAAAUUCACAUUUGGAUGGGAAGGAGUCACACUUGCUGUGCUAGAUUAGAUGCAAUAGUACAUCUUCUAGGUUGCCCAUGGAAUUUUUUUUGUAAAUUAAUAUGAUAAUGAUGUGUGGAAACAACAUAAUUUUUACUGGAGUGCUUUUUCCUUUGCUGCUACUACCUUUGAGAAGUGCUGCAACUCUCCUUGGAGUAUUUUUAACCAUUGGCUAUUUGGAUUCAAAGUUUAAUUGCAAAGGGAUAGAAUUCUUCUGUAUACAUGAUGUAUAACUUCCAGUAAUGUUUGGGUUUUUUUCUCACAGAAAUGGCAUAUUUGAUAUGAAGUCUUGAGGUUUUUUGUCACAUUUUCCAUGUAAAUUCAGUCAGAAGUCCGAGGUGUUGACUAAAAACGUUCUUGAAUUAACUGUGCCAAACUUCUGUAAAGCUGUACGGUAAUUCUGUAGAAAGAACAGUUCACCUCUGUAGACACAAAAUUUUAUUUUUUUUUUUAACCACACAUUUGUCAAUAGAUACUCAGUUCCUCCUUCUCUGAACUUGAAGGUUUGGAAAUCAUUGGAGAGGAACCUUAUCAUCUAGGAAUAGUCUUAAAUCUAACUUACAAUACAAUUUGAGGAAAUUCUGAGUUUUGUUUUAUUUUAAAAUGAUUUUGAGAGCUAUACUUGUCUGUAAAUUGGUUUUGUUUUGCUUACUUUUAACCAUAUUGGAAUUGGGACUGAUUAACUUCUAAUUUUUUUCCUUGGUGUAGUUUUGCUUUGUUUUGUUGUUUUGGUUGUUUGGUUGUUUUUUUUCACAUUACUUGUUAUUUCUUGUAACUUCUGGUAAGGUCUAAAAGUAUCCAUUUUCCCAGAGACUUUAGCGCACAUCCCAAUUAUUGUGGCUGUCUGUUUAUUUUUAAAGAAAAAGAUAAAGCAUUUACCCUGUGUAGGAUGAUAAGUCCUGUUCCCUCUGACAAAGCUGGAUGACGUGAGCUCUCCCCUCUGCCGUCGGUGUGAGUGCCCUGUGCUGUGCGCUCUGCUGAGGGACUCGACAUUCCUGUCUUCCAGGAGUCAGAUGUCUGUAAGACCCCAGGAGGACUGCGCAGGCUGAAAUGCCUUAGAAUCAAAGCAGCUGCAGUGACUUUAGUACCCUAGUUAAAAUGCUAUCAGGGAGUAUUGUUUGGACAAGUGUAACACACACUUUUAAAAGCCUAAUUUCACUGUUUAGCUGGGCAGGCUUUUUUCUAAAAUUGCUUCCCAAUCCUGCCUUCUUAACAGAGAAAGCAAGAAUUGUUAGUACUUCUGGUUUUUGGAUUCUAUGGUUAUUAAUACUUCACAAGCCCGCAGACAAAAGAUCUGUUUAUGCCUUGGGAGAGUUGGCAAUUAAUCUGCUGAGCUGUAUGAUUUGUGUGAGCGCAGUACCUCAUUUGGGCACCACUAAAUCCAUAGUCUUUGAGAGUUGAUCCUUUGCAGAAAGAAACUGACUCCCUUUUAUGCUGAUUUGCAGAACCUGGUAUCUUUUAAAAUGUGAUUUCAGUCAAUCUAAUGCAAAAUCUAGGCUGUGUAAAAAGGCUCUGUGUUUCUAUCACCUUUAUGAUUUAAAGGUGUAUGUGAAGUACUUUUUUCUUGUGCUUUUAACAUCCUUGGAACAAGGAAUCGUUUUGUAAUAGCUUGUUCCUUUCUAAAAUAAGUUGAGUAAAUUGAAGCAUUUUGGAGAAUAUGUUUGAAAGCAGAAGUCUGCUUUUGUUAUUUUGUUAUUUGGGAAGUAGGAUGAAAAAAUCAAUAAGAUGAUUUGGAGCAACUUUUAAGGUGAUAACUCAUGAAAACAUUCUGAAAUUCGUAAUUUAGCAUUUAUCUUUAAUAUUUCAGUAUUUUAAAUAUUUUGUUCUUUGUGGAGACCAUUCAUUAAAAUGGUCUGUUUCUUCCAUUUAUAGAUAGACUUGUGUCUGAUGGGGGGUGAGGGGGGGGUGAAGUAAGUCAAGCUAAAAUAAAAUUAAUGUUAAAACUUGAUUUAAAAGAAAAAAAAUCCCAAACUUGGCAUAAUACACUUUGGGCAACAAUUCAGAAUUGAAGGGCAGUGGAACAAUUCUUUUUAAAAACAGCUAGUACUUUGCAUUGCUGUACAAAUUUAGUGUAAUUAAAACUCUAUUUUACAAUGCAUUAGGUUUAAAUUUUCUAAUUUUUUUUAAACAAUAUUACAGCUAUGUCCUGAUGUGUCCACUAUGCAUCAGAAGACAAUUUUCUUUGAAAAAAAACUAUUAAGACCUGUGAUUUUGGCAAGGACUUUAGCAAACAGGCUCCAAAGUUGUGAUGUACUGAAUACAGUAGUACCGGGCACUUUUUGCCUACUAUUAAAAGCUCAUAAUACAGCAAAUUAGAUAGCUGUGGCACCCAUUUUUUAAUUGCACUUUAUUAAUUUGAAAAAUGUGGUGAAAUAUUGAUGAAAUUCAAUGUUGCAAGCUUGUGUCUUCCUUAUGCAAGAGAAGUAAAUGCAUGAUAAGUAGCAUUGUAACAAUUGCUUUUGAAUGUAAUAUCUUAUUAGUGGCUUAAAACUUAUAUUUUUAACAGAUGCAUUAUAAAAGCAGACUCUUGGCACGUCACCAGGUGUCUUUGCUGUGGACAUAUCAAAUGGAAGGACUUAAUCUUGUAAAAAUGUUCAGCUAUCUUAAUUUUUUUUUUCUUUUCCGUUCUUUAGUACGAGGUGACAUAAAAUCAGCUUGAUGAUCAUGGGAGAGACUAUUUCUAGUGGUAAGGCUGUAUGUAGGAAUGCAAGUUUCCCUUUUUUAUGACAUUACAUUUUCAUCAAAUGGUUAGUAAAUACCACUUUCAGAAAUCCUACAGGGGAAUGGUAGGUCAAGUUCUGGUUUUGUAGUUGAUUUGUGGAAUCAGUACUUGCAGAAAGGAAAUACACUUCAAAUACUCAUUUUCUCAAUGAGUGUUUCAGUGGAUUUCGGUGAAGCUGAGAGCCUCACACUACAGAGAUGCUUUAUGGUUAUCCGAGCGAAUUCUUCAGUGGUGAGAAUUACAUCCCUGAAGCCUACUCUACCUCUAUACAUACAUACUAUCUUGAGUGAGCUUAAUAACUUAAUUGCUUACAAAAUAGAAUCUGUUGAGUAAUGAAAUAUAUCCUAUGCACAGGAAAAUGAGGGUAGCUGAUUUCAUAUACUAAUUCUUAAGAAUUCCAAAUUUUGUACUAAAGUUUAUUAAAAAUUAGUUAUGGUGUCUGGAAGAGAAUUACUUCCAUCUUAAAGUAUUGUGGGAGAAAAUUACUUAUACUGCAGAACAAACAUUAGCUUAAAAGUAAAAGCUUACACAAGCGAGCAAAUGCAUUUAGGCAGGUUUAAAGAGGAGAGCUGGAGGAGACUGAGAACACACAUAGCGAUCCAGAUGUCUUCCUACUGCUGUGGCUGGGUCAACAGCAGACUGAUACGUAGCAGGAAGGUUUAGGUGUUUCUGUAUCUCUGUUCGCAGUGGAAAAUGAAAUUUUAUUCUUUAAAAUUUUCAAGCUGUAUAAAAUGGGAUAUCAGUUGUUGAUUACUGUAUGAAGAGGAAUUUUUUCAUGGCUUUAUGUGUGUUUAAGCAUAUGUAUAUACAAGUUUUCUGUAAAAGACCACUUAAUAGAGAAGUUUGUAAAAUUGUUUUGUGAUGCUUCUGCUGAGCCAUUCAAAGAAAAAUAAAGGGCUGCUUGACAAUUUCUCCAGUUUAGGGUCUGGUGCAGUGUUGGCUGCUGGGGAAAGCCAUCGAUAAAGCAAAUAGAAAGGGACUAGAAUUUUCAGAUUAAAAAGUGCAAGUGUAGAAGACUUUGAAAAGUAUCACAGCCCCCUUUCAUAUUUUUAAUAGCCUACUGUACAACGUUAUCUGGCUACAAGGAACUUCACGAGGGAAGGUUUGUUCUUGGUUGAAUUUCUCUAUCUAGGGAAUACAGCUGGAAAAAGAACAGUACUUAAUUGCUGGGAUUCUGACAGCAGUCAAAUGGAAAUAAUAAUAAUAUUUAUGAACUUUUAACAUUCAUCUAAACCUGGAUAAAAUUUCUGUUGGACAGGUGAAGGUCUUAGGAUUUUCUGAGCAAUUUAAAAGUUCUUUUUAUGGCAGAGAAGAUGAAAGAGGUGCUGCUUGGGUUGUUUAGAGAUCUGGGAUUAUGCAUCAAAUCAUACUUUUAGGUAAAAACACUUGGUAAGGGUUCUUACCCAUUAAAAAUUUCUACUAGCUACCUCCUUUGACAUUCUUGCUCUAUUUAUAAUAACCAAGCACUUUAUAGCUCAGUAAAGAAUGAAUGGAAGGUAGCUAGGAGAAAUAAAUUGUAUCAUUUGGUAUAAGAAAUAUUUUGGCAAAGUUUCUUCUGAGAACAGUUUCAUUGUGUGAUGUCCUGCACUGAGGCCAUCCGUUUAUAACAAAGUACAUACAUUUUUAACCUAGUUGUAAUAUAAAAGAAAUGUCUCUAAAAGAGUGAAUUAUGAAGAGUUCAGCAUGGCUUGUUAUCAACCAUAAUGAUUCAGUGUGCUAUUUAUAACUUCCUAUUUACUGAAGUUGAAAAUAUAAAAGCAAAUAAAAUAUUCUGUAUUGUAUCUUUAUUUUUAAUCUAUGUGUGGGAUGUCAAACAUUGUACUUGUUUUGUGGACAGGACAUGCUUUUAUGAGCCUAUAAAUAUUUAAGUAUAUGAGAAUCUGCACCCAAGUGGAACAUGUUGCAUGUAAAUUGUCUUCUAAGUUUUUAAAAUUUGGUAUUUUUAAAAAUUUGCUAAGUUUGAAAGCAACAUUUAAAUAUUAAUACUAAGCUGUAAUACAGAACACAACAUUUUGAAUGCAAUGUGGCAUAUAUUGGUUUUGUUUAUUGUAAUCCUAUUCCAGUUUCACAAGAGAAAUCCAUCAAAUGAUAGGGGGAGGGGAGGAAAAGGGCUAAUCAUGAGCUCGGCUAUAUAAUUUGCACAUUUAAUAUGCACACAUCCAAAUAUCCUGGAUUUGUUUCUAGCAUGCAUAUGUCAAACAGUGUUUUCUUUAAUAUUGAGAGAUACCUAUACAUGUAGAAUAAUUUAACCUGUAAGCACAGCUAACCUGUUAUAAAACCAAAUUACAAAACCUGUUGGGAACAAAUGAGUUACAAGUUAAGCAUAAGUAAUGGAGCCUGUAAUUCAAAAAUAUUUAUACCUUCUAUCUAAGAAGAAACUUGAUAAAGUUGAUAUCUUGAUAUCUAACUUAUGUGCAGAGCAAGGACGAAAACCGUAGAUUCUGCUAGACUGAUUUUGGUAAACCUUGACAAUCUGAUUUGCAGUAAAUACUAAUACUAUCACAAAAUGUCAGGACCACAUUAUUGAAUUCAACUAGUAAUGUGACCUGAUUGUAGUAGCAAUCCUUAUCAUGGCACAAGAACUUGAAAAUGCAAUAUAACAAUUCUGCAGAUUGGUGAUAAAUGUAAUCAGUCGUAGUAAGGCAAAUGAUUAAGUAUUGUGGGUUUAAAUUUACUUUUUAUUACAAGAAAGAAUCUGAAAUAUUUGUUUGCAUUUCAGUGAUACUGUAAGGCAUUUCUAUAUUUGUUUGAACAGUUUAGGAGCUUGCAUAAAAUGAUAUUGGCUGAUUUUUUUUUCCCUUUGAUAUAUGCAAUAAUGUCAAUAAGCAAUAAAUUGCAUGUUGUAUGCAAGGUAUUGGUACUUCAUAAUAAAGGAAAGGAACACA